AUUUGCCGAAUUUCACUUGUGAUGUUCUGCUGUUCAAUCCAGUCUAUAAAAGCCCCCUUUGGAGUGUUUGCUGUCAGAACUGAAAAUUCAGCAGCUCUAUUCCCAUUGCAGCCUGUGCUCUCCCUGUCAUCAUGAAGGUUUCCUUCUCCUUCUGCAUCCUCUUGGCUUUCAUAGAUGCAGGGAGCUCUCUUCAGUGUGAGGUUUGCCAUGAAAUAGGGGAGAGCUGUUCCGGCCCCAUGGAAACCUGCGAUAGUGGCAAAGAUACCUGUGGGGUCAUAAAGCAUGAAAUUGUACAAGUGUCAAAGAGGAUUGUGAUAACCCAAAAGUCCUGCCUGCACUCCAAUAGUUGCCGAACAGACCCCAUUAGUAUGAACUUUGGGAACGGAAUGACACACAGGAGCAGAAUCACCUGCUGUGUGGGAGAAGACUGUAAAACAGCGUCUGACCCACUGCCACCGAUGAACACCAUUCCCAAUGGCCUGCAGUGUCCAGCAUGCUACGCUGAGAAUUCUUACCAGUGUAGUGAAAACACCGUGAGUUGUACCGGAGUCCAGACCCAGUGUUUUGAUAUAGCUGGGAAAAUAACCAUCGGUGUCCUGCCCCUAAAAACUGCAAUGAGGGGCUGCACCACCGAGUCUGAGUGCGUGGCUCCAAAAGGGGAGAAAGGGCUGGAUGUGGACAUUGUGAGGUUUGAGUGCAAACCAGCCUCCAGCAGGGGCCACAAGGCUCUUGGAUUUGCCCCUCGAGUCGCCCUCCUCCUUCCAGCACUGUCAGGGCUUAUCUUGGUGCUGCCGCUUUCUUGAUCUGCCCUGCAGGCCAUGGGACACAUGCCCAGCAUUGCUGUGCUGAAGCCACUCUAUCUGCUGCUUGCACAUGGCAUGUUCUGCAUUUGUUUUUCCCUUGCAGGGACUCUCUGUUUUCUACUGGAAUCUCUCUGCUUUAGCCUUUUUCAGUGAAGUCAAGAAAAAUCUUCUAGAUAUUUGAUUUAUUUAAGCUGGUGAAGUUUACUUAUAUUGGGCAUCACAAUGGCUAGACUGGGACCCAGCGAGACCCUGUGUAGAACCACUAGACAGAACAAGCGGUGGAAAUGAAAGCAUUCAAAACAACCACAGGGUCUGCCAGCAUCCAGCAGCCUCAGUAAAGAUCCCCUUUAUAUUAAUUCCACCUGAGUCUGUCCCUCUUUUUCUACCCCCUCUCAUUAAGGUUGUGUGGCAGAAUGUACCCUUGUAUUCACACCCUACACACUGUUGAAAUAACCUUUGUACAAAGUAUGCCUUGCAAGGUGUGAUAAUUGAACGGCGUGAGGAUGGGGGCGGGGGUGCGGGGAGGUAGCUCUCUUUUAUGGACACCCAGCCAGCCAGUUAGCUAUAAAACUUCCUCUUAGUAGUUGUUCUCUACUUGCUUUACCUGUAAAGGGUUAAAAAGUCUCCCUGCACAGGUAAAAGGAAGGGAGUGGGCACCUGACCAAAAGAGCCAAUGGGAGAGCUAGAACUUUUAAAAAUUGGGAAAAAACUUCCCCCUUGUCUGUCUGUGCUGUUCUCCCGAGAAGCAGAGACAGGGCUGAAACUACGCUGUAAGAGCUUGUGUCUGGUAUGAAAAAUCAUCAAAUCAUACCUAGAAACUACUCAUUUGGAACCCCAGAUAUGUAAGUAAAUCAGGAAAUGUCUAGGAAGACGCAAUUAGGUUUAUCUCUGUUUAUUUCUUUAUGGCUUGUGGACUCCUCUGGGCUAACCCCAAAUGCUUUUGUUUGCUUGUAACCUUUAAGAUGGACCUCAAGAACGUUAUUCUUGAUGCUAAUCCUUGUAAGUGGUUUUUUAAAAAAAUCUAGCAAUAGCCUAAGUUUUCAAAUGUAUUUUUUUUCUUUUUGUUUUUAAUAAAAUUUACCUUUUUUAAGAA